GCGAAUAAUAACUCAAAAUGCCAUUUAUAAUCUAAAAUGUCUGUAGGCUACAUUUUAGAUAUCAUGUGCGUAGCCUAGCCUAAUUGAGACUGUUACAAUAUAAUUAGAUACUUUUAAUCUUAUACCAUGCAAAUAGGCCUACGCAAAACACAGAUUUACAAGAUCAUUUGAAGAUUUCUAUUUUCAAACAUCAGCCCCCCUCUCUCUCUCUCCUUUACUCACUCGCUCCCUCUGUCUUGACUUAGUGACAAACCUGAAAGCCUUUUGUUGUAAUCUUAGCCAAUGGAGACGGAUUACGACACUGGGCAGCCGACAUAUAUAAAGGGGGGCUUUCCAAACGCACUUGCACACUUUCAAUGACAGAUCAUUCAACACUGGGGACUAAACAGUAACAGAAUAGGUAAACCAACAAAUUAUUUAAUAAAAAGAAAUGCAGACAUUAAGUAGGUAGCCUAACAUCAGAUCAAACAUCGACAGCAUCAUUUUGGACUCAUUGCCAUUUGCCAGUUAUUAUGGCACUCAUGCACCGGUUGAAAUAAUUUUGAGACAGCCACCGUUGAACUAGUUGCACUUCAUUGCGCGUCUUCUCUAGGACGUAGGAAUAACCAGGACCAACCAUAUUAUUCACGAAGAUACAGAAGGAAACCGUUUUUAAUUUUCACCAUCAUGGCAAGGUAUAACUUUUUGCUGUGUUUGAUGGUGAUAAUUUCCUUGGGACUGUCCGGCAGUGACGAGCCCAACCUCUUUCUCCCACCAGUAAGCGAGAUGCCCACGGACGCUGGUGUUUCGCUUAUCGAGGUGGAGGACGCAGGCGCUCGCGAGUGCUCUGCGUGCGUGUGGCGGGAACAGAGCAAGGUGCUCAGGCUUGAGACCAUCAAGUCCCAGAUUCUUAGCAAGCUCCGGCUCAAACAAGCCCCAAACAUUAGCCGUGAGGUGGUCAACCAACUAUUGCCCAAGGCGCCCCCGCUGCAGCAGCUCCUGGACCACCACGACUUCCAAGGGGACGCUUCCUCGCAGGACGAGUUUAUGGAGGCUGAUGAGUAUCAUGCCACUACGGAGUCAGUUAUCACAAUGGCAUCGGAGCCCGAACCCCUGGUGCAGGUGGACGGCAAGCCCAGCUGCUGCUUCUUCAAGUUCAGCCCCAAGCUGAUGUUCACCAAAGUGCUAAAGGCCCAGCUGUGGGUGUACCUGCGGCCCCUGCAGCAGACAUCCACCGUCUACCUACAGAUCCUGCGCCUGAAGCCCAUCACUGAGCAGGGCAGCCGCCACAUCCGCAUCCGCUCGCUCAAGAUCGAGCUCAACUCACGCUCCGGCCACUGGCAGAGUAUCGACUUCAAGCAUGUGCUGCAGAACUGGUUCAAGCAGCCGCACACCAACUGGGGCAUCGACAUCAACGCCUUUGACGAGAGCGGUAAUGACCUGGCCGUCACAUCACUCCGGCCUGGCGAGGAGGGACUGCAGCCGUUUCUGGAGGUGAAGGUUCUGGAGACGACCAAGCGCUCGCGGCGGAACCUGGGCCUGGACUGUGACGAGCACUCCACCGAGUCGCGUUGCUGCCGCUACCCGCUGACCGUCGACUUCGAGGCCUUCGGCUGGGACUGGAUCAUCGCGCCCAAGCGCUACAAGGCCAACUACUGCUCAGGCCAGUGCGAGUACAUGUUCAUGCAGAAGUACCCGCACACCCACCUGGUCCAGCACGCCAACCCGCGGGGCUCGGCCGGACCCUGCUGCACCCCCACCAAGAUGUCGCCCAUCAACAUGCUCUACUUCAACGACAAACAGCAGAUCAUCCACGGCAAGAUCCCGGGCAUGGUGGUCGACCGCUGCGGCUGCUCCUAGGCAGAUGUUACACUU